AUGAUGAAUACCAUUCAAAAUAUUUUCAAGGCGAAAUUGAAUAACGUCUUUGGGAUGAUUCAUGUUAAACCAUUACCAGGCACACCGUUGCAUGAUAGAAGCAUUAAACAAAUAGUAUACGCUGCCUGCAAAGAAGCUGAGAUAUAUAUGAAAUGUGGUGUAGACGGAAUUGUUGUUGAAAAUAUGCAUGAUAUACCAUAUAUGCCUGCCAAAGAAAUAGGUCCAGAAAUUGUGUCCUCAAUGACUAGAAUUUGUACAGCAGUUAGACAAUUGGUACCUGAACACAUCCCUUGUGGUCUGCAAAUAUUGGCUGCAGCCAAUGAAGAAGCAAUCGCUGUUGCACAUACAACAGACUUCCAGUUUAUUAGGGCUGAAGGUUUUGUUUUUGGCCAUGUCGCUGAUGAAGGUUACAUGGAUGCAUGUGCUGGUAAGUUAUUGAGGUAUCGCAAAUCAAUAGGAGCACAAGAUGUGUGUAUAUUUACAGAUGUAAAAAAAAAACACAGUUCACAUGCCAUUACUCAAGAUGUAAGUCUAAUAGAAACCGCCAAAGCUGCAGAAUUCUUUCUGACUGAUGGAAUUAUAGUGACUGGAACUGCAACAGGACAACCCGCCAAACCACAUGAUGUUACUGAAGUUAAAAACUCUGUGGAUGUGCCAGUACUUGUUGGAUCUGGUGUAACAGUAAACAAUGUACACGAGUACAGAGGUGUGGACGGAUUCAUAAUUGGAUCUCACUUCAAGAAACAUGGCAUGUGGCAAAAUGAACUCGUUGACACUGUUAUUUUAGAAUUUAUGAAUCGCCUAAGAAAUGACUGA